CGGGUGACCCGGGUUCGAUCCCCGGCAACGGCGCUAUCUUUUUUUUUGUAUUUUUAGAUCUUUUCUUGUUUUACUCACUAUUCUUCAACUUCCCUAUUGUUCCCAGAAAUGUUUUAAUCUAGAUUUCUGCAAUCGUUUCUUCUAAACUCGUACUAAUUUCUAUGGUAGUUCUCAUAUAUUUGUUGCAGCUAAAGAGCAUUUUGAUGUAAAUGUGGACUGUCCACACCCCCUCACGCCUCCUCUUCAGCCAUCCAACUUGCUCAUCCUCCCGCUCCAUCGCCGCCCCGAACACCGCCGUUAGCAACCACAACCCCUUAAUACAAUCUUUAUGCAAGAAAGGUCAUCUGAAACAAGCUAUUCAUCUUCUCUCUCAGGAGUCCAACCCGACCCAACGAACCUACGAGCUUCUUACAUUAUUAUGCGUUCAUAAAAAAUCGCUGCCCGACGCCAAAAAUGUUCACCGCAUGCUUGUCGACAAUGGGUUUGAUCGAGAUCCCUUCUUGGCGACUAAGCUUAUAAACAUGUACUCUGAAUUGGACUCCAUUUCCGACGCCCGCCAUGUGUUUGAAAAAAUUCCUGACCGGACGAUAUACGUCUGGAAUGCUCUCUUUAGGGCAUUGACUUUGGCUGGUAAAGGCGAGGAGGUUUUUAUUUUUUACAGACAGAUGAACUCCAUGGGUGUUCCAUCUGAUAGGUUUACAUAUACGUAUGUGUUGAAGGCUUGUGUUACUUUUGAGUCAUCUGUCCUUCAGAUUGGAAAAGAAAUCCAUGCUCAUAUUUUGAGACAUGGGUUUGAGACUCAGAUUCAUGUCAUGACUACUUUGGUUGAUACAUAUGCAAGAUUCGGCUGUCUGGAUUAUGCCACCCAUGUUUUUCAUAUAAUUCCAGAUAAAAACGUCGUUUCUUGGAGUGCUAUGAUAGCUUGUUAUGUAAAAAAUGGCAGACCCUCUGCUGCAUUGCACCUAUUUCAUAGGAUGGUUAAUCACAACAGUGGUCUGAUCCCUAACUCAGUAACAAUGGUGAGUGUGCUUCAAGCUUGUGGAGCAAUGGCUGCAAUUGAGCAAGGGAAGUUAUUACACGGAUAUGUACUCCGAAACGGACUUGACACAAUUACCCCUGUCAUUAGUGCCUUGAUUACCAUGUAUGCCCGGUGUGGAAAUCUCGACACUGCACAAUCUAUAUUUGAUCAGACAGAUAAGAAUGAUGUGGUCCUUUGGAAUUCUAUGGUUUCGGGAUACGGGAUUCAUGGGCAUGGGCCCAAAGCCGUUGAAAUGUUUCAUGAAAUGCUUCAAAAAGGAAUUCCCCCAACUCCAAUAUCUUUCAUUAGUGUUUUGGGGGCGUGCAGUCAUGCCGGGCUUGUUGAGGAAGGGAUGGUGUUGUUUGAGUCCAUGAUGAAGAAACAUGGGAUCUCCCCUAGCGAGGAGCACUAUGCUUCAGUAGUGGACCUUCUCGGGAGAGCCAACCGCCUAGAUGAAGCUUCUAGAAUCAUAGAUGACAUGCGGAUGGAACCAGGCCCUAAAGUUUGGGGAGCCCUUCUCGGGUCGUGUAGGAUUCAUUGUAAUGUUGGGCUAGCUGAGAGGGCGAGCCAGAGACUUUUCGAGCUCGAACCCACAAAUGCGGGGAACUAUGUCCUUUUGACUGAUAUUUAUGCAGAAGCUGGGUUAUGGGAUGAUGUCAAAAGAGUAAAGAAACUCUUAGACUCCAUAGGUCUGGAAAAACUCUCUGGUUGCAGCUGGAUUGAGGUCAGGAGGAAAAUGCACUCUAUCACAUCGCUUGACGAUAUUACCGCCCAAAUGGAGGAGGUUCGUGAAUUGUUGGUAAAGCUUUAUGAGGAGAUGAAGAAUGACAGUUACACAAUAAAAAGGACGUGCGGUCUUGAAAGAGAUGAGGAAGGGGUGAUUUUAUUAAGUCAUAGUGAAAAAUUGGCGGUCGGGUUUGGAUUGAUCAAUGGAAGUAAAGGUGAAGCUAUCAGGAUUACUAAGAACUUGAGGUUGUGUGAAGACUGUCACACUUUCACAAAGUACGUUUCCAAAGUUACCAGCCGUGAAAUAUAUGUUAGAGAUAUAAACCGUUUUCAUCAUUUCAGAGAUGGGAUUUGUUCUUGUGGGGAGUAUUGGUGAAUCCUUUCAAGUUUUGUUUCAACGCCAUCUCAGUCUCUGUUGUGAAAUACCGUAUUGGGAGGCGUCCAUGACACAUGGGCCUUAGGCUGUUAUUUUCAAUUAGAUUUUCCUUUUAACUAAUUAUAAAGGACUAGCUUUAUUUGGCCUUUGUCCUAAAAAAUUUGUACUUGUAAGAAAAUGGAAUAAUCUGAUUAGCUUGGUAAUAUACUAGAAUAUUCCAAUUUUGUCCCUAACAAUCUAAGUGCAUAGGUAUUAUUCCGUUC